CUAGACUAGAGAAGAAAUCUUAAUUUUAUCGCUGGCAUAUUUUGUUGUGGAUAGUCUAGGACUAGGAUAAUGAGUGUUUUUGCAGCAAUUUUAGAUAACACGGGCAUUGAGUUGGUGUGCAAACAAACCCUUACAAUUUCAAACUUUUGCCUGGAGGAUAAUACCAAUGGAGAAUUUACAACACUGUUUCUGAAAUUUGGAGAGCAAGCUUUUGCAAUUUGUCAUUUUAAUGAACAUCAUUUAAACUUACAUACAAAGCUGAGAUUCUCAAAAGGAGAAAAAUUAUGUCUGUUUACAAGUGGACCAGGAAAAAUUCAUGCCAUUGGCAAUUAUAAAGAAAAAAUUGAUGAAGAUGAUGGAGAAAUUCCUGAUGGUAUUGAGGAAGAUGACGAGGAGAAAAGAAAUGGCCAUAUGGGCUGACCUGACAACAACUGAAUAGUUUAAAACAAGUUUAUGAUUUUUAAUAAA